UGCUUCACACUCGUCGUCGCUGGGCAGGCUGGGGAGUGCGCUUUUAUUAUUAUUUACAUUCACUUUUCUCCCUCGGAGUGAGUCAGUUCGCAGCGCAAACGACACAAAAACGUGUGAGUGUGUGUGUGUGGCGAGGAAAAAUCUCUCACAUCGUGAGGAAAAAAACAAAUUUCAAGCAGUGAAAGUUCGAUCGAUUGCGAAAUCGCGCUGCUGCCCAAGAUGUCCGCGGAAGCAUCCACAAAUUCGUCACCGUCAUCGUCAUCGGUUGCCGUUCCGCCGUAUCCGUCCAAGAUGGCUCGAACCGACGUUGGGAAUUCGGAAGUUCGGGCGGGUAGCGUCGGAAGCGGCUGUAGCAGUGCCGACGAGGACGAGGACGUCGAGUACUGCGAGAACUCGCCGUGGGUCUUCAUUCCGGAGCCCGUGUUCGGGAAGAUCUUUCUGGCGUUGGAACCACGGGACAUUAUGCGCGCCGGCCAGACCUGCAAACGGUGGAACAAGCUGUCUCGGGAUGAGUACAUCUGGCGGAAGUACUUUCAGCGCGAGUUUAACGUCGAAGCGAGCAUCGGAUUGAAACCAGGUGCGGAAUCAUGGCGGGCCGAGUAUAAACGCCUAACUGACAACGUUCCGAUGGUGAUGACCGACGUGCUGACGAAUCACUCGCACCAGGUUCUACACGUCAGCUUCUCGCAUAAUGGGAAAAUGUUUGCGACCUGCUCCAAAGAUGGAUUCGUCAUUGUUUGGAACUCGGCCUACCCGUCAACGAUCCGCGACUCAUACGAUAUGCGCAAGCUGAGCUGGAAGUACACCCAGUUUUCCCAGUUCAACCAGAGCGACACGCUGCUGCUGGUGUCGGGCGUCCACUUCGGUGCCCCGCACAGCACAUCCGGCGAGAUUGCCGUUUUCACCGUUCAAGGCGGCUUUCGGUUGAAGUGUCGGGUGGCCAACCGUCCGUACGAUAUUUUUGGCUCGUGGUUCAGCGAUCAGCACCUGCUGUCCGGGGACUUGAACUGGCUGGCCCAUUUGGUGAGUACGUCAUUUUUGUGGCUGAACAAGGCCAACCAAGAGGUCGAUUCGGAGCACACGCCCAUUCGCAACCAAAUGUACAAAUUCUACAACCGGAACGCCAGCUCGAUUCGGGCGAUUAUGGUUGCAAACUGUCCGUGGUUGAACGACGAAUCGGUAGCGAAGAAGGACGAAAGUGCCGGGGAAGGAACGAGCAAGACCACCGUCAUCGAUGACGACGAGGAUGACCGGCGGAUAGGCAACCCCCUGUCGCACUACCAGAUGAACCAGGACCAGGCGAUGGAUGACGUUUACCGUGCGGGACGAGUGUUUAUUCCAGAUAUCGACCUCGAUUUCCCAUACAUCCCCUUGGAGAACCACGACUACGCUAGUCCAAUCCACUAUCUGGACGAGUUUCGGCGAGAGUACGAGGACAGCUACUACGAAUCAUCUGACGACUGCCUGGACGACGACGACGACCAAGAAGAUGACGACAUGUCCGAGGUUGACGAUCUGGACAACAUCUGUCCAAAGUAUCUGAUCUUCUCGACCGGUUCCAAAACCUACACCCCGCACCAGAUUGGCUUCAAGCGAAUAGGCAACGUCAACUUCCCGCGCCGAAUCGACCCCGGUCCCUCGCUGAAGGAACGGAUCGCGCUACGGGAGCGACAGCGCGAGUUGGAGGUAAUUAUGCGCGAGAUGUCCCAGGAAGAAAUCCGCCUCCAAUAUAUCUUGCAGAACGAAACGCCCCCGGUCGAGCCGAACUGGGCCAACUACGAGUCGGUUUCGGACCGGUUCGACAAGAUUGACAAGCUGAUUGAUCUGCACGGCCACAUCAUCGGGAUGGGGCUGAGUCCGGACCACCGGUAUCUGUACGUCAACAGCCGGCCGUGGCCGAAGAACUACGUGAUACGGAACCCGCUGGAGCCACCGCCGAUCGCGCAGGAGAUCGACAUCCAUGUGAUCGAUUUGAUGACGCUGAAGAAGGUCGGCACGAUGCUGCGGGCGCACAAGGCGUACACGCCCAACACCGAGUGUUUCUUCAUCUUUUUGGACGUUUGUGAUAAUUAUGUUGCUAGCGGUGCCGAGGACAUGCACGCGUACCUCUGGGACCGCUACUACGGUGUCUGCCUGGCCAAGUACCAGCACGGGGACGUGGUCAACAGUGUGGCGUUCAACCCGCGGGACAACGAAAUGCUCGUAACCACCAGCGAUGAUUACGAAAUCAAGAUCUGGCGAUCGCUUUCCCAGGCGAAGAAGCUCGGCAUCCAACCGGUUGGCAAAGCGGUCGAGUUUCGGAAGGCGAAAUCCAAAGCGGCUCCCCCGUCAUAGAAAAGUGCGAGAUUGUAUCACGUUUAUAAUAUUGCUUAAUUUGUUGAAACACUUUUUAUCUGUUAUGCGUGCCCGUUCGGUCGAGCUCUAGUCGUUUAGUGAAAAUUAAAAAAAAACAUCGUGGAACGAUCAAGUGAAAUGAAGUCAAUUUGGAAAAGGUUGGGUGAAUAUCUCGUAAGAAAGGAAGAAGAACAAUGAAAAAACGCCUGCCACAUUUAGACAGAAAAAAUAUGUGAAAAGUUCUAUUUUGGAAUGUAACAGUGUUUAUUACAAAGAUAUAUAUUUCCCCUUUUUCCUCUAUCAAUGUUCAAUCACAAAUCAGAUGUUUUGUACAUACAUUUUCUCAUUAUAUAGGGCAAACAAUCACACUGAUUUAACUGAUUUGGUUUGUUACACACACACAUACACAUACACAUAAACACAUACACACGUUUACUUGUCGUGCAAUGCAAUCGUAACAAAAUUCAAUGCUUUAACAAAUCACAGAUUUAGAUGAAA